AAAGGGUGGAUUUUUCGUGGAUCUCUUUGUGAGAGUAUCAAAUCAGGUUGCGGUGAAUAUGUAUAAGCAACUGGGCUACAGCGUGUACCGGACCGUGUUAGAGUACUACUCUGCCAGCAGCGGAGAGCCAGAUGAAGACGCUUACGAUAUGAGAAAAGCUCUUUCUAGAGAUAUGGAGAAGAAGUCAAUUAUACCUCUGCCUCAUCCUGUGAGACCAGAAGACAUUGAGUAA